GAUGUGCGCGGGCUCCAGGUGUCAGCAGAUCAGCGGUCAGUUAGCGUAGAGCAGCGGGCUGCAAGUUCUCCUCCGCUGCGCUCUGUUCAGCGUUGGCUCGGUUGACAUUCGCCUCUAGAGGAAACCAGGGCACUGUGCUCCCCAGUCUACUUCCAACAGGUGACUCUGGUGGUCUCCAACAGUGAACUUGGCACUUACCACUCCGCAGCCCCCUCUGAAGCCCACUGGGAGGUCUGAAGCAACGGCUGAGAGAGAUGAAGACAUGUGCCAUAUUUCUGGUAGCUCUGCUGCUCCCCAACAUCCAAGCAGUGUGUCCAGAUAAAGAGCCAGGACUGCAGCCAUGGAUGCCAGGACACAGUGUAGACCACCGGGUCACAAUUGGCUACGGCAGGAAGGUCCUCCUCACUACUUCAGCUACGGUCCACUCCAUUGAGAUUCUCAACGGGGGAAAGUUGGUGAUUGCUGACACCAACCGGCCCAUAUUGCUUCGAAUGAAACACAUUCUGAUUGGGACCAAGGGGGAGCUACACAUUGGGAGCCCAGACUGUCCUUAUAGAGGCAAUCUCACCAUCUCCCUAUUUGGAAGAUUGGAUGACAGUGAUCAGGAACACAGCUACUUUGGGAGGAAGUACCUUGGUGUGGGCACAGGUGGGACACUAGAGAUCCAUGGAAAAAAGAAACUGUCAUGGACGUUCCUGAACAAAACCCUCCACCCCGGAGAGAGCAACCAAAACAACUACCUGUUUCAGAGAAGCUGGGGCAACCGAGGCAUCAUUAUCCACGUCAUCGAUCCCAAGACCGGAGAUGUGCUACACGACGACAGGUUUGACACAUACCGCAGUAAGGAAGAGAGUCGUCGCCUUGCGAAGUAUGUGGACGGUGUGGGAGUGGGUCUCAUACUGGCCGUGGUGGUCAAUGACGAGGGUUCCAACAACUUGGAGGAAUCUGCCAAGAAGAGCCUCUCCCAAUUGGGCAGUCAGCACAUCAGCAGUCUGGGAUUUCGACAUCCCUGGACUUUUAUAGUGACUAAAGGUGACACUUCUUCAGUAGUGGAGGAUCACGCUGUCUAUCAAGGGACCAAGGCCUCCUCAGAGGCCCGGAGCUCACGUGUCUUUCAGUCUACUUAUGGGGAACAUUUCACCAUCACCACCUGCAGCCAGUGGGUGCAAGAGGCAGAGUGGACGGAAUGGUUUGACAGGGAUGAUGAGAGGGGAUCUGGAGACUGGGAGAAACUGUCUGACCUGCACGAGGCCUAUCCAGAGCGACUGUGUGGCAGUCCGAUGGAUAUACAGGCUGAAACCCAUGAUGGUAUACCAUCCAACCAGACAGGAGAUGUGAUCCACAAGAAGGACAAGGACUACGGCUUUGUCUGCCUCAACAAGGACCAGGCUCAUGGCCUCUGUCGCAACUACAGGGUCCGCUUCCUCUGUGGGAAACUGGUUCGUCCACAGGCCUCCAUAUCCAUCGACAUGUUGUCUAACAGCAGCAUCCUGGAGCUUGCUGAACAACCAGAGGGCUGGGGCUUAGGGGAUCGAGUGGUGGUGGCCAGUACUGACUACUCCAUGCACCAGUCUGAAGAGUUCACCCUGUUGCCCUGCCCGACUUGCACAUCCAACCAGGUCAAGGUCCAAGGUAAGGCUCAGUUCAUCCACAUGGGUGAGGAGGUGGACGGUGUGGAUGUGAGGGCAGAAGUUGGCCUGCUGAGUCGUAACAUCCUGGUCCGUGGGGAGAUGGAGCCUGGCUGCUACGGCAAUGAGGCUUGCAAAUUCUUCGACUUUGACACUUUUGGUGGUCAUUUGAAGGUGGAGCGAGGCUUCAGGGCAGUUCAUAUAUCUGGGAUGGAGCUGCAGCACAUGGGCCAGCAGACAAUGGGACACUAUCCUGUUCAUUUCCAUAUGAAUGGAGACGUGGAUGAGAAGGGAGGCUACAACCCCCCCACAUCCGUCAGAGAUCUGUCCAUCCACCACUCCUUUUCUCGCUGCUUAACCAUCCAUGGUUCCAAUGGGCUACUGGUAAAGGAUGUGGUGGGCUAUGACACACUAGGCCACUGUUUUUUCAUGGAGGAUGGUCCAGAGGAGAGGAACACGUUUGACCACUGUCUGGGUCUGAUGGUUCGAGCAGGGACGCUGCUGCCUUCAGACAGAGACAGCAAAAUGUGCCGUGACAUCACUGACGGAGCGUACCCAGGAUAUGUGGCCAACCCACGCCAAGACUGCAGCGCGACUUCAACUUUCUGGAUCACCAACCCCAAUAACAACCUCAUCAACUGUGCUGCUGCAGGCUCAGAGGAGACAGGCUUCUGGUACAUCUUCCACCAUGUGCCCACCGGUCCCUCAGAGGGGCUGUACUCCCCUGGACACACAGAACACACUCCUAUGGGCCAGUUCAUCAACAACAGAGCACAUUCCAACCACAGGGCUGGAAUGAUCCUUGAUAAUGGAGUAAAGACCACCCAGGCGAAUGACAAGGACAAGAGACCCUUCCUCUCUCUGAUUGGAGCCAGGUACGGCCCCCACCAGGGUGCUGACCCCUUCAAACCCAGAGUCCCCGCUCUCAUCCACCACUUUGUGGCCUAUAAGAACCAGGACCACGGAGCCUGGCUGAGGGGAGGAGAUGUGUGGCUGGAUGACUGCCAAUUUGCUGAUAAUGGUAUAGGCCUCACUCUGGCAAGUGGAGGGACGUUUCCAGAUGAUGACGGCUCUCGUCAGCAGGUGAAGAACUCACUGUUUGUGGGUGAAAGUGACAACCGUGGGAUGCACCUCCCUGACAACCAGAUCUGGGGCCCCGGGGGCUCUGAUCCCACUGGCAGGACCUUGCCACGGGGCGUUGAUUUUCCAAUCCGGGGCAUGCAAAUUUAUGACGGACCCAUCAACGUGCAGAACUGCACAUUUCGGAAGUACACAGCUCUGUCCGGACGGCACACCAGUGCCUUUGGCUUCAGGCUCAACAAUUCGUGGCAGAGUUGCCCCAACAAUAAUGUCACUGACAUCACCUUUGACCACGUACCUAUCACGUCUCGGGUGUUUUUUGGGGAACCGGGUCCCUGGUUUAAUAAGAUGCAGAUGGACGGGGACAAGACAACAGUGUUCCAUGAUAUUGAUGGCUCAGUCAGCGAGUAUCCCGGAGCCUUCCUGGUUAAAGAGGACAAUUGGCUGCUCCGUCACCCUGACUGCAUCGACGUGCCUGACUGGAAGGCUGCGAUCUGCAGUGGUCAUUAUGCACAGAUCUAUGUGCAGACACGUAACCCUGCCAACCUAAACAUGUACAUGGUGAGGGAUGAGUAUCCUGAUCGGCCCCUGAUGCUAGAGGGCGCCCUGGGGAAGAGAAAACACUACCAGCAGUUCCAGCCUGUGAUCACACUGGCCAAAGGCUACACUAUACACUGGGACCAGGCUGCGCCUGCUGAGGUCACCAUCUGGCUCAUCAACUUCAACAAAAAUGACUGGAUCAAUGUUGGCCUCUGCUACCCACAAAGCACCAACUUCACCAUCAUAUCCGAUAUCCACAACCGGCUGACCAAACAGACCCGCAAGACUGGCGUCUUUGUGAGGACAACGCAGACAGAGAAGAUCAACCAUUCCCACCUGAUCAGAGGAUACUACUACUGGGAGGAAGACACAGGUCUGCUGUUCCUGAAGGUAAAGGCCCAUAACGACAGGGAGCAGUUUGCCUUCUGCUCCGUCAAGGGUUGUGAGAGGGUGAAGAUCACAGCCAUCAUCCCUAAAGGCAGUCCGCCCAGCAACUGCAUGGCCCAGGCCUACCCCAGACACGCUGAGCUGCCUGUUGUGGAUGUACCUAUGCCCAGAAAGAUACCUAACGCCAGGCUGCACUCACCAGAGCACUUCUUAGAGGUCAAACUGGAGUCUUACAACACUCGCUUCUUCCACAUCAAAGAGGACUUUGCCUUUACUGAGGUGAAUGGUAGGAAGUUGUACCAAGCAGAGGAUGGGGUGCAGCUGACAGUAAUUGAUGGGCAUGAUGGGAAGGUAGUGGAGAGCAAAGGCUUCAGGAACUCAAUCCUGCAGGGCAUCCCGGCACAGAUAGACAACUACAUCAAUGGCUUGAGAGAUGGCUCCAUCGUUCUCAUGACAUCUAAGGGCCGUCUGAUUACAAGAGGAUCCUGGACUAAAGUCCUGGAGAGACUUGGAGCAGACAAAAGCAUCAAAUUGAAAGAUAAAUUGGCAUUUGUGGGGUUCAAGGGCUCCUUCCACCCUGACUGGGUCAAUCUGGAGGUGAACGCUGACCGUGCCAAGAUCCAUCAGGUCCUGCCUGUCCCUGUGGUGCACAAGAUGAAACUAUGAGGGGCAUAACAAGAGAGCCGAGAGACUAUGUAGCCCCCAAAUAGUACAGAUGCACCAACACACUCACACACACAUGCACACUGCCAGCACUGAAGAAUCAGCUGCUCCAAGCUAUUGGUCCAGGAUCAUGUGGUGUUUUUUCUUUAGGUUUGGCGGCUAGCACUGCCCAUGAUGAACUGUAUCUGCGCUAAGACACCCACCAUCAGUAGAGCGCUUCAAAGUGACAACACACCCCGCGGUAGCCAUAUUGGAAGUCUUCAGCUCUGUAGCAAUAAUGGCUCAGAUCAACCAAUGGGGUUUGAAGAAUCAUGGUUGUUGCUUUACAGACAUUAUAUGAUUUGAGUGACCUGGUUCCAUUUCUGAAAGGACACUGUCAUUAACAUUACAAUGUUUACAUAACUAAAGUAACCAUAGGAUUUGUGAGGCUAACUAACUGUAUCAUACAUUGCAAAGCAGCUGCAUAUCUUGGUCUUUCAUCAUGUGCAUUAUGCUUGGCCACCCCACUCCAGCCAAGAGUGAUGCACAAGCUCCAUCCACUUCGAGGGGAUAUAAAAAGGCCCUCCUGAUUGGUUCCCCAGUCAGAUGUAAAAAGGUUUUACGAUAUGUUGUCCAACCAGUAGCAAACUCUGUUACAGAUGAAAGCAGAGGCUCUAACAAUCAUAUGCAUAUAUUUUGUAUUAACAGUAAACAUAUCAGCUGGGAUUGGCUCCAGUUCCCCCCCGACCCUCAAAGGAUAUAGCAUAUGGAUAAUGGAUGGGAUGGAGAAAACAUGGUGAGGAAAUCCUCAUACCACCACAAAGUUACGGUCAACUGAUCUGCAAAAUAUUCAGUUACAGUGGUUUUAGUUGGAAAGCUUUCCUAUAUACAUGUUUGGAAACCAAAGAUUAUCAGGUUAUUUUGUUACCUAAAGGGGAAGAUCAUGGUCAUGAAUGGAUAAUUGAAGGAAUAAAUCAGAUGAUUUUACUUCAUAGAAGACUGAGUUGGCCGAUGUCACAUUUACCUGAAUUAUUCGACAAUCCAUUUGACUAUGAUCAAUUUUCUCUCCUGGUUGUUGAUACUAGUUUGAUACUAAGUUGGAAGAUAGUAUCUCGAUAUUCACUACCGACCAAUUCUUCAGUGGACCUCAACAAUGUCAGCCAUAGUUGCUCGGCAAUUUAUGAUGCAAAUGCAAAGCUAAAUGAAUAUGAGGGAGCAAAUAUCAGUGGAGCCAGCUGAUCCAGCACAUGUAUACCGGACAUGCGUCAGUGAGCAUCCCUCUCCUGCAGGUGUGUGACGUGUGACACAUGUACAAGUUGAGUAGUUUUACCCUUUAGGUUUUCUGUUUAAUAAAAGAAAAGAGAAGAAUCCAAACAUUCCUUGCUUUGAUCCAGACCAGUGGCUGUUGACGUGUUCUGUUUCAUUCCAAGCUCUCGCUCACUUGAUAUUGUGAUGUUUACUUUUUUCACUGUUUGUGAUCCAUUUGUCUGUGUUUUUGGAGUAAACCAGCAAGAGGCCCGUUACAAUAUAACAAUGAAAAAAAAAAUGAAAUUAACUAAUGAAUGUUAAAUCAGGGAGUUUAAAAUGUGCAAUUUCCCCUUUCAAAGCAACAAGUUUAUCUUUGCUUCAAUCUGGCAUGAAAAAAGUUCCCCCUCCCAUCACCGAAAUAGCUGGUCUUUUUUCGGAGGUCGUUGCAGUAAUUUAGUGUUUUGUAUGUUUUGUGUGUUUUUAAAAUCCACAGAUUCCUAAGAGAUAUAUUUUAUACUUAUUUAUUGUACAGACACAGUUGAUCCAAAUUUACAAGGGACAUCUUUUGAGUUGUAAUGUUAUUACUGUCCUGUAUGUAUACUAUAUGUAAGUAACAGAGCUCCAUUUAAAAAAAAUUGAUCCCAGACACUCACAGCAUACAUGCAUAUGACUCAUAUGGUAUAGUGGUUUGUUUUAACUGUACAUCAAAUGGAUGUGUUGUAUAUGUGGCUUGGGCUUGUAAAGUGAUGAAACUCUUUGAAUUUCUUUGAUGACUUUUGUACAGAAAUAAAUGAUGAUGAACAGUU